AUGAGUACGGCAAUGCAUUCUAGGACCGCCCCUCAACCGAAUAAGACUACGGCAACGGAUUCUGGGACCGCCCCUCAACCGGCUAAGAGUACGGCCACGUAUUCCGGGACUUCUCAACCGGAUAAGACUACGGCAACGGAUUCUGGAACCGCCCCUCAACCGGCUAAGAGUACGGCCACGUAUUCCGGGACUUCUCAACCGGAUAAGACUACGGCAACGGAUUCUGGGACCGCCCCUCAACCAGCCAUGAGUACGGCAAUGCAUUCGUGGACCGCCCCUCAACCGGAUAAGACUACGGCAACGGAUUCUGGAACCGCCCCUCAACCAGCCAUGAGUACGGCAAUGCAUUCGUGGACCGCCCCUCAACCGGAUAAGACUACGGCAACGGAUUCUGGGACCGCCCCUCAACCGGCUAAGAGUACGGCCACGUGUUCCGGGACUUCUCAACCGGAUAAGACUACGGCAACGGAUUCUGGGACCGCCCCUCAACCGGCUAAGAGUACGGCCACGUAUUCCGGGACUUCUCAACCGGAUAAGACUACGGCAACGGAUUCUGGAACCGCCCCUCAACCGGCUAAGAGUACGGCCACGUAUUCCGGGACUUCUCAACCGGAUAAGACUACGGCAACGGAUUCUGGGACCGCCCCUCAACCAGCCAUGAGUACGGCAAUGCAUUCGUGGACCGCCCCUCAACCGGAUAAGACUACGGCAACGGAUUCUGGAACCGCCCCUCAACCAGCCAUGAGUACGGCAAUGCAUUCGUGGACCGCCCCUCAACCGGAUAAGACUACGGCAACGGAUUCUGGGACCGCCCCUCAACCGGCUAAGAGUACGGCCACGUAUUCCGGGACUUCUCAACCGGAUAAGACUACGGCAACGGAUUCUGGAAUCGCCCCUCAUCCGGCCAUGAGUACGGAAAUGCAUUCUAGGACCGCCCCUCAACCGAAUAAGACUACGGCAACGGAUUCUAGGACCGCCCCUCAACCGGCUAAGAGUACGGCCACGUAUUCCGGGACUUCUCAACCGGAUAAGACUACGGCAACGGAUUCUGGAACCGCCCCUCAACCGGCUAAGAGUACGGCCACGUAUUCCGGGACUUCUCAACCGGAUAAGACUAUGGCAACGGAUUCUGGGACCGCCCCUCAACCGGCUAAGAGUACGGCCACGUAUUCCGGGACCGCCCCUCAACCAGCCAUGAGUACGGCAAUGCAUUCGUGGACCGCCCCUCAACCGGAUAAGACUACGGCAACGGAUUCUGGAACCGCCCCUCAACCAGCCAUGAGUACGGCAAUGCAUUCGUGGACCGCCCAUCAACCGGAUAAGACUACGGCAACGGAUUCUGGGACCGCCCCUCAACCGGCUAAGAGUACGGCCACGUAUUCCGGGACUUCUCAACCGGAUAAGACUACGGCAACGGAUUCUGGAACCGCCCCUCAACCGGCCAUGAGUGCAGAUUGGAAUGUAAUUACUGUAGAAAAUGUUCACAUGUUUGUCCCAAACAUUUACGAUCUGGGGCAAACAUUGAAUUUUAUUGUUGAGCAAAUCGAGAAAUGUAAUCCGGAAACCCGGCGGAACGGACGAAAAUACGGACUUAUUUGUGCAUUGAAUCGUAGAGAAAUAAAGCGCCUAAUACGUGCCGUGGCAUACCGCCUAAAAAAAAAAAAUGAAACUUCGAGAAGAGAAGGGGAGGAUGAAGAAUCAUGA